AGCAGCGUGACAAAAUGGGCUGACCCGUGCAGCUCUAUCAAAAAGUUUAAAAUCCCGCUCUAUAGCUCACCAACUUCAAUUCCAUUUCUCGUUCUCACUCGAGUCUUAAACCCUAGAUUUUCGUUCUGGAACAAGAACAAGAUGAAGCUCGUUAGGUUUUUGAUGAAAUUGAACAACGAAACGGUGUCCAUUGAGCUCAAGAAUGGCACUGUUGUCCAUGGAACUAUCACAGGUGUUGAUAUAAGCAUGAAUACACAUUUGAAAACUGUUAAACUCACACCUAAGGGGAAAAAUCCAAUAACUAUGGAUCACUUGAGUGUUCGUGGAAACAACAUCAGAUAUUACAUUCUUCCUGACAGCUUGAACCUUGAAACUUUACUUGUGGAGGAGACACCAAGAAUCAAGCCUAAAAAGGCAACUGCUGGGAAACCUGUGGGACGCGGACGUGGUCGCGGUCGUGGACGUGGGCGUGGCCGGGGUCGUUAGUCUUGUAAAAUGCUGGUCAGACAUAUGUUCUGUCCUUGUAAACAGAUCUUAUGUGUGCGGAAAUAUUUAUCUGUGGGAGGUGUAGAUGCAGAUUACGCGUAUGUCUUUAUUUGCCGUGCUGGGCCGCUGGCUGAGCUUUCAAUUGUAACUCAACUUAGUAAACACUAGCUAGUUGUAGAAAUGAGCUCCUUACGCUUCAUUGUCAUGGUAUUUAUUAAUUUUUGGGUGCAAAAGAGCCACAAAAGACAACGUCUAGAUGUGAUUGGUUUUCAUCUCUUCGUUAUCACCUUUACGAGACUUCAUCAACUGAACUAGCCGACAUGUAUGUCCAUUGUUAUAAUAUUUUUAUUAUUUACUA